GUUACCUGAGCUUGGUUGCUCCGAGAUCGCUUACAUUUUGCCGGUGCCGAUGAACAAGGAUGAAACGUCGUGCGCGGGCGAUGAGUGGACCCGUGACUACGGAGUUGCCAACCAAGGCUCUAUCGUCAUCAAUAUCAUACGCGGGAAGCUCAGUCUGGCCCGCGUGGGAACGGAUUAUGGUGUGCAGAACCCGUUGGUGCCUGCCAUACCGCCAGAAAAUAUAUUCGAAACACAACCUUUUGCCAUUGACGAGACAUGGUUUCAGCACCUGAACAGCGAGAAUUGUCCUGUUCUGUUCGCGGAAUUCAAGAACGUCGAAGUUAUCGAGCGCAAAACGGACAUCGUGGACACAGACCCAAUGGUACCUGGCGCAGAUGAUGGCUCAGACGAUUCCCUGACGCACGAGCUCGACACCUCUGUCGCACUUACGGACAAUGAAGACCCCCUGGCAGAGUACCACAGAGCUCAAGGCCCUCCUGUGCCGUCCGAAGGCAAUCCCGCACAAAGAGAUCGUCCCAGGCGCUCAAAGCGUAGUCUGAACUAUGCUUUAAGCGAUUGUUCGGGCUCCGCGUCUCCAGAGCGGACUCGGACUCGUCGUACAUUGGGUCGCAGAAAGCACACUCGAAUAGUGCAUUCAGAAUCUCCGCCGGCGGAACAUGCUUGCGGCUCAUCUCGCCACAGAGAUCAGCGUGAAGCUUCAGCCACUCCCACAAUCGAUCACAACAAGACUACUAGCAUUGGACAGCAACGCAGAGGCACCCGAAUCAAGCCUGAGCCCAGAGACAGCGACGACGAUUGCAGAUUCAUCGAAGCCCGCGCUGUAACACAGAAUGGCCCCGUCACUCCGAGGCCUACGCCAUCAGUCAUCAGUCAUGGUGUUUCCGCCCACCAAAUUCAAGGCAGAACUGCUGCCCAGACACAGAUCUCUUCUGCAAGCUCGAAGCAACGCAAAAGGGCCAAGUUACAGCUUGAGCUGGAGACGAGCUUGAUCAAGCAGAAAGCUGCUCUGGCAAGAAUCGAUGCUGAGGCCGAGUUCGCGUUGCAACAGAAGGCUAUUGAGAAGCAGCUAGCUGAACUAGAUGACUAGUAAGAGGUGAAGUGACGCGGUGACGAUUGUGGAUCACUCGCUCGAAGCUAGUCAGAAGUGCCGAUAAGGCCAUAUUGGCCGAGAAAUGAGUCUUGCGCCAAAACUACGGCAAUGAUCAAGCCAAUUCAACCGACCCCUUUUCAAGUAUGAGUACGAUGGAUACGAUAGAUAGCGAGAGGACAAUGAAAUAAUGAAAAAGUAUGAAAAUUCCAACAAAACAACAAAAAAUC